AUGGCCGCGCCGCGCAUGUCAGGCCUCGUGCGAAGAUUUCUCGCCCUUUGCUUCCUACUGAGGGCGGGGCAAUUGUUCGUACUUCCGAGGCUGACAGCAUCCCACGGCCGCGGCACCCACGGCAGCAUCACAGCUGUGACGCGGCAUGCGCGGAAGAAGGCACCGCCUCUCGAGCCGUUCGCCUUCGAGGUGGACGAGACCGAUCACUGUGAGACGCCCAGCAUGGCCUACAAGCACAUCACGCAGCUCUUGCGGGAGAUCGCUCAAGCCACCUCGCCGGAGGAGCAUUGGAGGAGAGUCGCUGACACCGAUGAUCGAGUAGUGCCACUCUUCUCGGGGCAAGGUCGCUCCGUCACUGUGCCCGCGCACAGCAAGACGCACAAGGAGCGGCCGCCCGCGGACUUCGCGAGCGAGACGAGAAGCGAAGAGGCAGAGAGGUUCCAGCUCACGCAGUAUUGCGACUGUGGACACUGGAUGCACUUGGCGAUCUUCGGCCUCUUCUUGAUCGUGGACUCCUCCAAGUACAUGGUGGACGUCCGGGCCAUCAGCCACAACCCGGUGACGGCGCAGGCGCUGGUCUUCCUGCAGGACCUCAUCUCAGUGCUGAUCUGUGUGGUGGCGAUACUGAGGUACAUUGGUCCCCGCGGGGUCGUCGACACCUUCUGCUCGGCGGAGCUCUUCCGGUGUUUGCCCACGGCGGUGCUCUUCUCGCUGAGCAACGCGGCCCUGGCCCACGCCAUCGGCCUGGGCAUCGGCGCCGCCACCGCCGUGGCGCUGGGAAGUUUAUACAUGCCGAUGAGCGCCCUCGUAUCUUGCCUGCACAUGCGCCUACGGCUGGCUCGAACUACACGCACUAGCACUCUUGACCUUUAG